AUGGAAACAUCAAAUUUGACAAAUGUAAUUUCAAACCAUUCAAGUUUAAAUAGAUAUUCAAACGAUAACUACACUGACAUAGAUGCAAGUGAUGGAAUUAAAAACAUAAGCGAUGCACAGCUUUUGAAACUUGUGAAAGAAUUUAUAAAUCCAAAAGUACACCACUGGAUAUUUUUGACAUUAUUUCUAGUAGUGUUUGUGGUUGGAAUUACGGGUAAUUUUUUAGUUUGUUACUCUGUAUGGCGUAGUAGAUCACUAAAGACUGUUACAAACACCUUUCUGGUAAACCUUGCCGUUGCAGACUUUCUGGUCAUUUCGAUAUGCCUUCCGGUGACCGUCGUGUCAGAUGUAAUACAGUCAUGGUUUCUAGGGAUCAUUAUGUGCAAGUUAUCCGUCUAUCUACAGCGCGUGUCCGUGUUUGUGUCAGUGCUGACGUUGACGUUUAUCUCUGUAGAGCGUUACAUGGCGAUCUGUCAUCCGCUACGCCACCACGGAUCGUAUUUCAAGACGAAGCCAAUCUUAGCCGCCAUUUGGAUCGUGUCUCUCGCUACGCCCUCCGUGGAUUUUUACAACAUGAUCCUUGUGCAUGAUAGUGAGAUUCCAGAAAGCCUGCGACCAUGGCUGACAGUGUGCGGGCCACGUGACGAGAAUAUCGAGAUGGAGUUUAACAUGUUCCUGAUCGUCGUCUUCUUCUUAAUUCCGUUGGUCAUUAUGUCCUAUACGUAUGUAAAGAUCGCCGUUUGUCUCUGGUCAUCAACAUCGAGGCACAAUACAGUGUCCCAAAAUUUACAGUACGAGUCGGCAAUAGAAUAUCUACAAGUACGACGCAGGACAGCUAAGAUGCUGAUUGUUGUCGUCAUCACGUUUGGACUCUGUUAUCUUCCAAUUUAUGUUCUAAAUAUUGUCAGGUAUACUAAUGCCUUAGACGGUCUGAGAGGAAACCGAGUCGCCGUACUGUGUAUGUACUGGACGGCCAGAUUUCUGUGUUAUUUCAACAGUGCAAUAAAUCCGGUUAUAUAUAACUUCAUGAGCGUAAAGUUUCGGAAGCAAUUUAAGACGGCAUGCCACGGUUGCUAUGUUCAUUUGCGGUGCUGCUGCUGUUGUUUCAAGAAGACGAGACGAUGUGAUCCAGGAAUGGACCCUCAUUUCCCAAUGAAAUUCCUGAACGACUCCGAGAAUCCCGCAUCACUAGGGAAAGUCGUCUACUGA